CAACAUCAUUUAAUUAUUAACUUUUAACAUUUGUUUUUUCGUAAAAUCUUUCGCUACCCAUUUUAGACUUGUCUAUUGUUUUGAUCAUAAGUACCUACAGUAUAUGUAUAGGAUCGUAAUUUGUAAAUGUUAACUGUGAGUCACGUUUUGCGAAUUUCGGCCUUAAUGGAACAUUAUAAUAUGUUACAAUGGAGUGACCGAGUAGAUAAAAACGAUCGCCCAAAAUGUUGGUGGGAGUUUACCAACAAAAACUAUACGCAACGAACGUUGCCGCAUCGAUCAGUUUGCUUCCGAGUAUCGUGAGUCAGAGACCGCUUGUUGUUGAGGAAAUUUUAUUUUAUUCUUAUUCGAAAUUUAAAUUAGAAUUUUCACUAUGGAUAACCAAUCCCUAUCUUCAUCAGUCGCUAAAUUCUCUGCCAAGUUCUGUAAUGAGUUGAAUCAAUCUCAGAGUGUUGUUGCAUCUCCACUUUCGGCCAAAUUUUUAUUGGCUCUUCUUACCUUGGGAUCCGAGGAUCCUGCUCAUUCAGAACUACUUUCAUCGCUGGGUAUUUCUUCUGAUGAUGAGAUUCGCUCAUCCUUCAAAUCUCUGUCACAAAACCUUCUCUCCAUCAAAGGAGUUACCCUCAAUGUAGCUAACAAGGUGUAUAUUAAGGAAGGGGACUAUGAUCUCAAUGAGGAUCUUAAGAAGGAUGCAGUCUCGGUGUUCAAUGCUGCCUUUGAAAAAGUUGAUUUUUCGCAAAGUAAAGCUGCUGCCAACCUUAUCAACAAAUGGGUGGAAGACCAGACAAAUAAUAAAAUCAGGAAACUCAUCCCGGCUGAUAGUCUCAAUGCUGGCACCAGUCUUGUGCUUGUUAAUGCAAUUUAUUUCAAGGGCCCCUGGAGAAGUCCAUUUGACCCUUUAAAUACGAGUGACCAACCAUUCCACAUCAGUCCUUCAGAGACGGUAGAUGUUCCUAUGAUGUACAAAGAGGAUGACUUCUUCUACUCAGAAAGCAAGGAAUUGAAUGCUCAGCUGCUGUGUCUGGAAUAUGUGAAGGCUAAAGCCAGUAUGUUGAUAGUUCUACCAGAGAAGAUUGACGGUCUCAACGAAGUCCUCGCCAAGCUGGCUGAUGGGUACGACUUGAUCGGUGACGUCAGAAAUAUGUUCAAAAAGGAAGUCCAAGUUACAAUACCGAAGUUCAAGAUAGAGACUGAAAUCGAUCUCGCCGAGUUAUUACCCAAACUGGGCAUUCAGUCAAUCUUCGACCAAAAUAACUCCGGCUUGACAAAAAUCUUGAAUAACUCGGAGCCGCUCUCUGUGUCGAAGGCUGUACAGAAGGCCUUCAUCGAAGUCAACGAGGAGGGCGCUGAGGCGGCCGCCGCUUCCGCCAUGGUGAUGGUGGGAUGUUGCCUUACACUUGACGAACCUCAAGUGAUUAAGUUCACAGCUGACCGUCCAUUCUUCGUGGCCAUCAUCUCCAACGAGACCAUUUACUUCACAGCCACUUACCGCGGAAACUGAACCUCACAUACAACGAACACACCAAACAACACGUCCACAUAGCUAAAUGUACUGCAUUUAAAACAUAUAUGUUAUAUAAGUACAACCUGUUUUUAAAUAUACAGAAUGAUAUCUUUAAUCACUGACAAUAACUUAAAUCCUAUUUUUAUAAAAGCAUUUUUUUUCUUCUAUAACAACAUAAAAACUAUGUAAUAUUGAACUUUGCUUUUUUUUAAUAUAUUUUUUUAUGAAUUUAUUUAAGCACAAUAACUAUAUUAGUUGUUAAGAGAUGUUAUUUAUUUAUACAAAUAUAUUUAAAUCAACAUGCAA